AUGCAGGUAAUUUUCACGGAAUGGCAUUUCCUGGAGGAACAGCCAACUCCCAAGGGCCUUGUUGACGGGAUCAAGCAUCUCGCAUUUUCAGGAAGGUGCAGUGCGCAUCGCAAACAGGAGAAGUCGAUGUCCGAGUACCGUGCGAUUUGUCGGAUGCGCGACACCGCCAGCAUAGAGUGGUUCGAGCACAUGUUGAUCAAGACAGCUUUCAACGACCAUAACGACGGUGUGGAGUUCCAGCGAGAGUGCGCCCUGUUUAUUGAGGCCAUUCAAGACCACACGAAGAUCAACACCUUGGCUGAAGGUUGGCCGGAGCUCAUGCGCCCUCGGGCCAAGAUUGACUACCGCGAUUAUCUGAUGGAAUGGGCGCAUGCCAUGGGCUUCGUGGUUCAAGGUGGCCCAUACGAUCAUCUGUACGCAGCUGACGUCCGAGGUCUGUUUGGGCAGAACGGGAGGCCUCUUCCCGAGGCGCUAAUAGUUCCGGAUCGUCGAGGGUGGGUUGGCGGACCUAACGGCAUUUCCGUGAGCAACCUCUCCCACGCCCUCGGCAUGCUCGCCUGGUGGGAGAAGCAACCCCCAAUUCUCGGUUGCGAGUACCGUCAGGUCGACAAGAACGGUCGGGCAUGGCGUGUAAGGAACAAGGCUGAAGCGGAUCACCUCGCCAAGAUCAUUCCCACGAUCCCUCGCCUUGUUAGGCAGAGCUACUCGCCUCCCGGUUACUACAGCGCUGGAUUUCCGGAUGAGAAAGAUGCCAGUGAUGGUUCUGAGGGCGACGAUGACGACGCCAUGCAGAGCAGCAAUGCGGGCGACAGUGAUGGCGAGCGUGAAGGGCUCGUGUUUUAG